AUGCUGGCAGGUUUCCCGAUUUUGGGUUUCUUGUCCAUCAGGUGGCUGGGCUUCCAGGUGGCGGGCGUCCAGUUCAUGUUGCUGGGCUUCCUGCUGGUGAGCUUUCUGACGGCGCGCCUCGUGUUCAAGGGCUUCGAGUUCUUCGCGGUGAUGGACCCCUUGUUCACGGAUUUCCUGUCCCUCCUGCUUGGCUUCCAGUUCAUUAUGCUAGAGGGGCGCAUGUGUUUCCUGAUGGUGGGAUUCAUGGUGGUGGGCUUCCGCCUCUUGGAGGGACUCUUGGUCAUAAUUAUUAUGGUGGGCUUCCAGGUCGCGCUGCUGAUAGCGCCCCCGAUGUUGCUCGUGAGCGCGCAGAUGCACCUGGACCUCAUCGUCAAGACACUGAUCGCCGUGCAGCCAAGCUUGUCGCACUUCUACCACAGCUGCCAGCCGGACGACUGCGAGAAUGGCAUGUGCUUCGAGGUCCUCGGUUUCGACAUCAUGUUGGACCCGUUGCGGGCGGGAGUGGACCGCGCAGCGCGGGGCGCGGGGCGCGAGCUCAGGUACAGCCGGACCGAGGCCUUCCUGCGCGCGCCGGGGGCCGCCGGGGCCGCCGACGCCGCGGCCGCGGAGGCCCCGCGGCGCACGCCGCUGGAGGCCGCGCGCCGUGCGCCGCCCGCGGCGGGCGCGGUGCCCUCGGCGGCGGCGGUGGUCCGGGCGCUGAGGAGCAGGGGCGGCCCAACCUCGACGAGCGCGCUGCACUGCUCGCCAAAGUGGCUGCGAUCGGAGACGGUCGUGGGCGCCGCCCUGCGCCAGAGCGGCGUGCCCCUCACCGACCAGAACAUCGUCCAGGCGCUGGUCGAGGCCGCCGGCCCGGCGGCGAAGCCGCCGUGGGCCCCCAGCCUGGAGGACGUGGAGGCCGUGCGCGAGGCGGCCAGCAGCGGCGGCGCCGGCGCGGCGCAGGGGCUGCCUGCUGGGGCAGGGGAGCCAGAGCUGGACGUCGCGGCGGUGGUGGCCGCCCACGGCGGCAGCCCGACCGCGCGCGAGGUGGUGAGGGCCCUCAAGCUGGCCGCAGGGGCUGAUCUCGGCGCGCCCCCGCCGGAGGUGGUCGGCGCGGCCCUGGCCAGCAGCCGGGUGCGGGCCACUCGGGAGAACGUGCUCGAGGCCCUGCGGGAGGCGGCCGGGCCCGGCACCGGCCCGCCGGGGGAGGCCGCCCUGCAGGCGGCGCUGGCGGCGGCGGCGGCCGGCGGUGCCGCGAGGGGGCCCGGCGCACCCGCCGCGGGCGCGCCGGGCGCCGGCGGGCUGUCGCCGGUGGUGCUGAGGCUGCAGGCCGCGCAGGCGCAGAUCGACCCCUCGGCAGGGGAGCCGCCCCCGGAGGUGGUGGGGGUCGCACUGCACGUGGCCGGAGUGCCCACCACCAGGGAGAGCGUCGCCCGCGGCCUGCGGCAGGCGCUCGGGCGCCCGCCCAGCGACGGGGAGCUCCGGGCGGCCCUGCUGGCGGUCGCGGAGGAGAUCGCGAGCCCCGGCGCGUACGGGGCGCCGCUGCAGGCGGCGCCGGCCCCGCCGGGCGCCGCGCCGCAGCUUCGGAGGGACUCCCGAGGAGGUGGUCCAGCAGCUGCUGGGCGCCGCGGGCCCCGACGCGCUCGCGGGCGGCGUGCCCCCAGAGGUGGUGGCAUGGCGCUCCGGGCCGCGGGCCUGGAGGCCAGCAGGGAGAACGUCCUCCGUGCGUUCGGCGAGGCCGGGAGGAGGCAGGGGGCCGCGCCGCCGACGCUUGCCGACGUCGAGCUCGCCAUCGCGUCGGGCGCCGCCCCCCCCUAG